UGUAUCCUUGAGCUAAAGCUUCCCUGCCAUGGUGUCGGCGGGAGAAUUCUGCUUCUACAAGAGCUCGACGCACGGCUGGAUCCCAGCUAAGGUCCUCUCUGCUCGCGGGGAUCACACCUGCGAUUUGGACGUGAAGCCCAAUGCAAGUGUCGACAGCAUCUUCAGAUUGUUGGAUGGUGUGGUGGUCGAGUACCACAGCCAAUCCUUGAACAGUUGGAUUCCAGCAAGGGUGCUGAACAAAGCUGAUGACGGUAGCUUCGAUUUGGACUGCAAAAUGGCAGUUCCCAUCACAAAGAUUCGGCCUCCACCAGAUGCAAAAGGAGGGGCGUCCUCGAAACCCGCAUCACGAGGGGGAGCUGCAGGAGCCACUUGGGGGUUUGGCGGCUGGUGGGGAAGCAAUGAAGAAAGCUCUCAAGCAGAACCCGACGAGAAGGGGAAGGGCAUGCAGAAAGGCAAAGAUGGCAAAGGCAAAGACGGCAAAGAUGGCAAAGGCAAAGGAUACGAUGCGAAAGGAUACGAUGGAAAAGGCUAUGAUGGAAAAGGAUAUGAUGGCAAGGGAUAUGGAGGCAAGGGAAAAGAAGGUGGCUUCGUUCCAAAUCCAGCAUUGCCUGGUGGUUUGCGAGUUGGCAUUACAUUAUUGUUUUUGUUGUUAUUUUUCUACAGUACACUCUGACUGGCUAACAUGGAAUGGCAGAAUUGUAAGCAGGUGAUUUUACGUGGACGUGCCGAAAACGUGUUUCCUCAUCAUGGAAGUUGCCAAAAAUCUGUUGGCUUUUAACGUAGCUUACAUCAAAAUGCAAAAAUUAAACAUGGAAUAUGAAAAAUCAGAGGUAAUUGUAGAAGUUGAAUGCCACAGAAU